AUGGAUACACCGAUGCGACUAAGACAGGUCCGCAUACCGCAGUCUGUCUCUCCAAAUCAGGAUUCAGGGUACGUCUUCAAAUUGGCCGGUGCCGCCAUCUCGUGGCAAUCUCGCAAACAAACCGCCGUCACCCUCAGUUCCAAACAUCUGGAGAGAGCGAAUACAUGGCACAAGCUCAUGCCAUACAGGAGUACAACGUUGAAGUGGCUUCUACUCCUACUGAGCGACAACCUCAUCAGUGACGUCAAAUCCUUAUUAAAGAUCAAGGAUAUGGGCGAUCCAACCAAGUUCCUAGGCUCGUACAUUACAAAGACUGAGCAUGAAGGCGAGUACAGCAUCGAACUCGAUCAAGCUCAAUAUGCUCGAGACCUGCUAUCAGUUGAAAGAAUGGAAGAUGCAAAGCCGACAAAAGUGCCGGCUACAAUUGGAACAACCCUUCCGAUGACGCAAGACGACAUCAACGAGGAACAACGCCGAAACGAUGAUGAGAUCGAGCAAUUGAGGUCUCGAGUCGGCAAAUUGGGAUGGUUGUCAUGA